CCUGGUCCGUGCGUAUUCAAGGCUCCAGGGCUCCACCAAACUCUCGACGUGAACGGAGUGGUUCAGCGUAUUUCAACUCUUCUCGACACUGCGAAUACGCCUCCUUCAUACGACCCCAAACCAACCCAGACGCCGACCUACGCUUUUUUGCACCGCCGAGUACAGCCCAUCAUGCCUCGCGCGAUCAGAGGCGUUCUUAUCGAAUGCGACCCUUCGAUCAAGUCCAUCAUUGUUAGCAUCGACAGCACGAACCACGAUUACAUCAUUGAAGAUCUGGACGAUGAACGCGUCGUGGUCAAGGAGAACAUGGUUUCCAUGCUCAAGGCAAAACUAGAAGAUCGUCUCAAGGAGAACCUCCCGCCCGAGGAAGAGUCCGGCUCCGAGUAG